AUGAAGAAUGUUUUUCACCUAUCUGUUUUGAUUCUAAUGAGGGAGUUAUCGUGGCGAUUUUUCGGGCACAAAAUUGAUCGGAGAAAGUUGCUUCUUCUUGCCGCCGUUUUUACCGUAACUGGAUUUCUGUUUCAGUUUUUUGUUCAUGGUUAUGCAAACGUUUCAUCAUCCACCAAUAGUACUGUACAGUCGAAUGAGUUUCUUGAAGGGGAGAUAAUUCAACAGGUUCGCCUCACUCCUCCUCAUUCUGUUGUUUCGCCAACUUCGUUUAACGAGUCGGUUCAAUCAGUAUCAGUUGAGCAUGGCAGUGUUGUAGAUGUUCAAUCACAACGAAAGAAGAACAGAAAUCUCGCGAAUACGACAGUUACCGCGUCCUUAUCGCCGCGAGGCCGUGUUCCUUUGGGUAAGCAGAGGGAGAUUAGGUUGUUGCCACCUAUUGAGGCUCUUGUUUAUGCAAAGAAAGAGAUUGAUCAUGCUCCUUUUGUGAAUGAAGAUCCUGAUCUUUAUGCUCCUUUAUUCAAGAACAUUUCUGUUUUCAAAAGGAGCUAUGAAUUGAUGGAAACAAUACUUGAAGUUUAUAUAUAUCGUGAUGGGGCAAGGCCUGUUUUUCACAACCCUCAUCUUAAGGGAAUAUAUGCUUCUGAAGGAUGGUUUAUGAAGUUAAUGGAGAGAAAUAAUCAAUUUGUUACCAAGGAUCCUGAGAGGGCGCACUUAUUCUAUCUCCCGUACAGUGUACACCAAAUGGCUUUGGCACUCUAUGUGCCUGAGUCACAUAAUAUGAAACCAUUAUCAAUCUUUCUUAGGGACUAUGUAAACAAGAUUGCUGCAAAAUACCCCUUUUGGAAUCGCACACAUGGGUCAGACCAUUUCCUUGUUGCAUGCCAUGAUUGGGGUCCUUACACUGUGGCUGAACAUAAAGAACUAGCCGGAAACACCAUAAAAGCUCUAUGUAAUGCUGAUGUGUCUGAAGGAAUCUUCGUUGCAGGAAGAGAUGUUUCCCUUCCAGAAACUACCAUAAGAGCACCAAGAAGACCUCAGAGAUAUCUUGGUGGGAAUAGAAUAUCAUUACGUCCAAUCCUUGCAUUCUUUGCUGGAGGCAUGCACGGUAGAGUCCGUCCCACUCUUCUUAAGUACUGGGGUCGUGAACAAGAUGAAGACAUGAAAAUCUACAAGCAUCUACCUUUGAGAAUCUCCAAAAAGAUGACUUAUAUUCAACACAUGAAAUCAAGUAAAUAUUGUUUAUGUCCAAUGGGCUUUGAAGUUAAUAGCCCUAGGAUAGUUGAAGCCAUAUAUUACGAAUGUGUUCCUGUGAUCAUUGCAGAUAAUUUUGUUCUUCCACUUAGUGAAUUUCUCGACUGGAGUGCUUUUUCAGUGGUGGUGGCUGAAAAGGAUAUUCCGAGGCUAAAGGAAAUUUUGAUGUCCAUUCCUAUGAGAAAAUACGUUGCAAUGCAAAAUAAUGUGAAGAUGGUACAGAAGCAUUUUCUUUGGAACCCAAAACCAAUGAGAUAUGAUCUCUUUCACAUGAUUUUACAUUCAAUAUGGUUCAACAAGCUACACCAGAUUUGA